UUGUAGUUGAAUCAGCUGGAUGAAGCUGCUCAAGCUGCUCAUACCUUCUUUAUGGCCAAUCCGGAGCAUAUGGAAGUUCAACAGAAUUUAAAAACUUACCAAACCAAGUCUGACAGCCCACUGAUUGACAGAGAGAGUCAUGCCUAUAUUGAAGAUUAUCAUACAGGUGAGAAGCUCUAUGAUAAGGAACAAUAUGAACAGGCCAUCAAGCACUUUGAGGAUGCUUUGAAAGGCUAUUUCCGAGCAGAUGUUGACUGCAGGGCUAUGUGCUGGGGGCCACAGAAAUUUGAUGAAUAUGAAUAUGUGGACUACAAAGCAACGUUGUAUGAAGUCGUUAAAGAUCACUAUAUCCAGAUCUUAGUUUGUGAGCAUGAAUGCAUAAGAGAACUAUCCACACGUCCAGGACGCCUAUCACCUAUUGAGAACUUCCUUCCCUUACAUUAUGACUUCCUGCAAUUCAGCUACUACAGAGUUGGAGAUCACUUGAAAGCCUUGGAAUGCGCCAGGUCUUAUCUGCUCUUCCAUCCUGAAGAUAAAGAUGUGUUGGAAAAUGUCAGCUUUUAUGAGAGUCUUUUGCAAGAUUAUUUGGAUCCAGCUGAUGUCAAGCCCAGGAAGGACGCUGAAGAAUUUGUAAGACGUCACAGACUGGAAUCAGAAAUCAUACACAUUGCAGCUGAAGGACUCGGGUUUUCAUAUAAUGAGCCAGACUUUUGGGUUACCAGUGGAGAUAGGCAAGAUGAAAACAGGGUUCCAUCUGGGAAUGAGUUGAUUGAUGUCAAGGGGCUUCUAUCAGGAAAAAAGGAAGUCCUAAAGAUUGAUAGAGAGCUCAGGGAAGGAGGACCAUUACUGUAUAAUGAAGUGAAACUUGUGCACAAUUCAGAAUACCUUAAUGGCACUCAGAGGGUACAGCUGGACAAUGUUAUUUCAGAGGAGGAAUGUCAAGAGCUCCAGGGAGUUGCCAAUACGAUAACUCUAGCAGGCGAUGGAUACAGAGGAAAAACCUCCCCUCACACUCCAAAUGAGAAGUUUGAAGGUGCCACAGUGUUGAAGGCAUUAAAGUUUGGAUUUGAAGGUCGCGUACCAAUGAAAAGUGCUCGCUUGUUUUACGAUGUGAGUGAAAAAGCGCGGAGGAUUGUCCAGUCAUACUUCAUGCUGAACAGUACACUGUACUUUUCUUACACACACCUAGUAUGCAGGACAGCCUUGCAAGGUCAACAAGACAACAGGAAUGAUUUGAGUCAUCCCAUUCACGCUGAUAACUGCCUGCUUGAUCCAGAAGCCAAUGAAUGUUGGAAGGAAUCUCCGGCCUACACAUACAGAGAUUACAGUGCACUGUUGUAUCUUAAUGGGGAUUUUGAUGGCGGGGAAUUUGUGUUCACUGAAAUGGAUGCAAAAACUGUCACGGCUUCCAUAAAACCUAAAUGUGGCCGAUUGGUUGGGUUCUCUUCAGGAGGAGAGAAUCCUCAUGGAGUUAAAGCUGUAACCAAAGGACAAAGAUGUGCUGUAGCACUGUGGUUUACACUGGAUCCCAUGUACAGAGAAGUGGAGAGGCUGCAAGCAGAUGAGGUCAUACGGGCGCUAGAUCAAGAUGACUAUACAAGAGGAAGAAGUGAGGAGCUGAAUAUCAAUCCUAAGGAUGAGCUAUAA